GUGCCGUCUCCCUGAUGGGGAAUGGUUCCAUCUGACCCAGCUGUCCCGCUUUCUUUCUCAAGAGCCGGACCAAGAGGCUGUGAAAAACGAGGCCUUUCCAGAAAGAAGCAGCAACUCCUUGCCAGUCGGUGCUGCGGAAAGGAGACUGAUGCGAGGCACCAGCGUGCUCGAUGCAGUCAGUGAGAGAGCCGUGGCUGUGCCUCCCCCGAAGCCUACAGUCGUGUACCUUGUCUGCCCUGAAGACGUGCGCAGGCGCUGUAUGAUAAGCACGGCAGCAAUCCUGGUUUCCCUGCUGUGUGCGGGACUGCUGUGGUGUUGCGGGAUGCAUUGGUGGAGGAAGAGAAAAGAGCGCCAGGCUGCAGCUUCCAGCACGGUACAGAGCCGGGACCACCACCAGCAGCCACCGCGCCCACCAUCCCGUGGCCCUCCGCGCCCCCCCAGCCCAUCCGUGACCAGCCAGCAGCAGGACCAGGACCAGGCCCCCACCCGUCCACCAGCACCAAACCCGCCUCCCCGCCCCACCGGCCUGCGGGUCUUGCCUUAAGACCAGAAAUGAAGGCAAGCCCACCAGGGCAGGGCUUGGGGUGUGCUGAGACAACCGACAGCUUGAUGGACCUGCCCUUUUACUUCCAAAUA